AUGGCUUUAUUGAAGCGCUCGCACUGGGUGGUGAACACCAAUCGUGCCUGCUACGUUCGCAAGGCUGGCACGGGCACCAAUCCCGUGCCAUGCAUCCAGUACGAAGGUACCAUCACGGAUUUCAUUGCCGACUCAGGCAAGGCAAUCCUAGAUCGUAUGAAGAAUGGUGACAAGAGGCCAGCGUCUGAUUGGCUGGAGAAGAGACAGUGGUCGCAUGACUUCAUCUCCCUGGUUCUCGAAAAGGGCCGUACUCCGGAGCGAACAACAGUCAUUGUCGAGCAGGGUUUGUUUGACAAGACCAAACGCCCUGUCGAAAGGAAGCCCGACCUCCCCUUCUCUGGCCGGGUUGUUGUGGACUUGGAGAGCACAGACCUGGUUGCACCCGCUGACGGAACCGAACAUCCAGCGUCUCGGCCAACCAAGCCUGCCCCAGCACCGUGGACUCCAGUACCCGUCAAGAAGGAGCCAGGCGUCUUCGCAUCUCUGUCCGCUGCUUCCGGUAGUGCUACGAUCGAUCUGGACACCCCCAGCCCCAGACCUGCUCAGGCAAAGCGGCAAAGGGUUCACGGCGAUGGGUCUGCGUCUGAAGAUGGCGAUGGCCUGCUAAGCUCAGGUUUUGACUCGGAUAUGUGUUUGUGCAAAGGAAACCUUGCAGAAGCUCACAAAGUCGACGCCACCCUCUACGGGAUGUCCGGUCCCGAGAAGGUCUCGGCCACCAGAGAGUCAGUUGAAGCCUACGAUCGCUACGUGCACAACCAUGCGUUCCCUCCGUCUAACAAGCGGAAGGUCACGGAGAUUGUGUGCGACGGCCAUGCUAAGGUGCAUGUGAAAUGCGGCUCCUUGGACAAGAAGCACCCCGGAAAGCCUCGAGCGAACGGCAAGCGGAAGCCCUAUGGCUACGUCCUCGGGGUUUCCUGCCUUCACCAGCCGGAGGGCAACGAAGUGAUGGAUGGCAUCCUCACACGGCUCCUCCCCAAGUAUCCGAAGCUCGACGGGGUCGUUAUGGACAGGGCCUGCGCCUUCCUUCCUCACGCCAAGCGCACCAAGAAGUUCGCACAG